AGCCCGCGGCCUCUGAGAGGCGGUCCGCAGCCCGUGUGUUCAACGUAAACCUUGCAUAGCUGCUGUGAUAACAACGAUCUCCAGACGCAUUUCAGGUGUGUGAACUGGCGUCCACGUUUGCGGGGUGCAUGGCAGCAGAUUAAUAACCUUGUGCACACCAAGCAGAAGGCGGCAUCAUCUCCCUCGUACUUGUCCGCGCUAUGGUGAGCUGACGCGCGGCCUCGCCUGCUCGUGCGCCGCGCCCGCCCCCGCCCGCCCCCGCGAUGGUGACGAAGCUGCUGCUGGUGCCUCGGCGGCGCUCGCUGCUUCUGAAGGGCGCGCUGCUGGUGGCCACCGCCUGGCUGACGGUGGCCGUGCUGCUGUACACGGAGCAGCGGCCCGCCCAGGGCCAGCCCCCCUCCCAGCUGCUGCUGCUGCCGCUGCCGCCCAACGCGCCGCCCAACGCCGACGCACUCGUCGCCCAGCCGCCCCCGCAGCCACCGCCGGCGCCGCCCCGCCAGGCCAAGAGACCUGACGAGGAUGUCGCCGAGGCAGAGAACGCCGCCCUGGAGGACAACGAAGUGGCGCCGCCCCCGCGCGCCGGCGGCCGGCACAAGCACCACGCCAAGGCCGACGCCGCCCCCGCGGCCGCGCCCGCCGCCGCCCCCGAGUCGGACGACCGCGCCGCUCUGCAGCCGCCCCCGGGGCCCGGCGGCGCCGUCUCCGAGCCCCCGGGCCACAUGGGGAAGCCCUACGUGCUGCCCAGCAACCUGUCGGCCGAGGUGAAGAAGCGCGUCGACGAAGGCUGGCAGAACAACGCCUUCAACCAGUACGUCUCCGACCUCAUCUCCGUGCGGCGCAAGCUACCGGACCCGCGCGACUCUUGGUGCAAGGAGCCAAACAAGUACGACGUGGCGAACCUGCCGCCGACGGCGGUCAUCAUCUGCUUCCACAACGAGGCGUGGUCUGUGCUGCUGCGCACCGUACACUCUGUGCUCGACAGGUCGCCGGAGCACCUCAUCAAGGAGAUCAUCCUGGUCGACGACUUCUCCGACAUGCCGCACACGAAGCAGCAGCUGGAGGACUACAUGGUGCACUACCCCAAGGUGCGCAUCGUGCGCGCCAAGAAGCGGGAGGGCCUGAUCCGUGCGCGGCUGAUGGGCGCGCGCGAAGCCACGGCGCCCGUCCUCACCUACCUCGACUCCCACUGCGAGUGCACCGAGGGCUGGUUGGAGCCUCUUUUGGAUCGUAUAGCUCGAGACCCAACUACAGUGGUCUGCCCUGUCAUUGAUGUCAUUGAUGACACAACAUUGGAAUACCACUGGAGGGAUUCAGGAGGUGUUAAUGUUGGAGGUUUUGAUUGGAACCUCCAGUUCAACUGGCAUGCAGUACCUGAGCAUGAAAAGAAGAGGCAUAAGAAUGCGGCUGAGCCUGUGUGGAGUCCAACAAUGGCUGGUGGGCUUUUCAGCAUUGACAAGGCUUUCUUUGAGCGCCUUGGAACUUAUGACAGUGGGUUUGAUAUCUGGGGUGGAGAAAAUCUGGAACUUUCAUUCAAGACAUGGAUGUGUGGCGGUACUUUGGAAAUAGUUCCUUGCUCACAUGUGGGUCAUAUAUUUCGUAAGCGGUCUCCAUACAAGUGGCGGUCUGGAGUCAACGUUCUGAAGAGAAAUUCUAUCAGAUUAGCUGAAGUAUGGCUUGAUGAAUAUGCUAAGUACUAUUACCAAAGGGUUGGUAAUGACUUGGGUGAUUAUGGUGAUGUGAGUGGCAGGAAGGAGCUCCGCAAGAAGUUAGGCUGCAAAUCUUUUAAAUGGUAUCUUGACAACAUCUAUCCAGAACUGUUCAUACCAGGCGAGGCUGUGGCAUCUGGUGAGGUACGCAACAUGGGAGUUGGUGGGAAGACAUGCCUGGACUCGCCUGCACGUAAGGCUGAUCUACACAAACCAGUUGGAACAUAUCCGUGCCAUCGCCAAGGUGGCAAUCAGUACUGGAUGUUAAGCAAAGCAGGAGAAAUCCGCCGGGAUGAAGCUUGUCUUGAUUAUGCAGGACAAGAUGUAAUUUUGUAUCCGUGCCAUGGAUCAAAGGGCAAUCAGUUCUGGCAGUAUCAUCCAGAUACAAAGCUCUUACAACAUGGGAGCAGCAAGAAGUGCCUUGCAAUAAGUGAAAAUAAACAAAAGUUGCAGAUGUUAGAAUGUGAUGAAAACAUGGAAAGGCAGCACUGGAAGUUUGAAAAUUAUGACCCGUCCAAACUUUAAACACCUUGGCCAACUGGAUGAAACCAAAUCAGAUCUACCAGCACUAUGUCAUCACUGCUAGGUCAUUUGACUUGUGAAAUGAGAGUGAUGUGACUGCUGGUGAAGUGAUUGCUAGUCAGUUUGUUAACUGCAUGUAGAAUAUUCACGGUGCAAAUCACCAGGAAACACUUCGCAACUUCAAAAAGUUCUCCAUUGCACCAUUCAGCUUUUACCAGAAGAGACAUAAAAAAAUCAUUUGUUGAUAAUGAAAUGAAAUAUAUUGAAAAUGACUAGAAAUAGCACAAUGUGUGUGAAUGUAUCAUGUAAUCUCGUGCAUGUUACAACAGUUGGUGAUUCGAUAGCUAUGGUUCCUACGGAACCCUGUGUGCCUAUCAUCAGUCAAUGUUUGGUGCAACAUGAACUACUUUAACUGUGGUUUGAAGAAAUAUAAUGUACGAAUACACGUGAAUCAACUUUUGUCCUGAAAUUUGACGUUACAAAGUGAACACUAUGUACUUAAGAUUUCAAAGACUGAGUAUUCUGGUAUACUAAAAUACUUCCAUUGUGUGUACAUAUAUAUAUAUAUAUAUAUAUAUUCUGAUGAUGAAUGUAAUGUAAAUACAAACUGAAAGCAAAAUUAAUUUAUUUGGUGAGUGUGAUGGUUUAAAUGAACAUUUUAAAGCAUAUCAUAAUACAUAGCUUAGAAGUGAAGAAUGACAUAGAUGGAUACAAGAAUUGGGAGUUCUUUUUAUUGGAAUUCAUUUUAAGGGAGUGUUACAAACUUCAGAAAAUGGUUGAAAAUUUUUGUUGCUUUUAUUUAAUUGUUUACAACAUAGAAUUUUAGCACAAAAUGAUUUUUCUUUUGUGAAAGUGAUAUUUAGUUGGGAAGCAAGCUAAUGCAUUCCAGACGUAGCUGUACAGUGCCAGUAGUAUAAGGAGGUUGUAGGGAUUUUGUAUACCAGUUGCUAUUGCUAAUACUUACAUUUUUAUUUUGUUAAUGAAUAAUGUUCAUGUAUAAAGCAACUGCCAAAUAUUACAGGUAAAUGAGAAAAA